AUGAAGAUUUUCAUCUGUGAAGCCUGUAAUUUACUAUUCAAUCAAGCAAAUAGAAAGCCUAUGUAUUUGAGUUGUGGAGAUGUAAUUUGCCAGGAGUGCUUGCACUUUAAAUUAAAAUAACUUAGCAAUAAUGAGUAGUACUUCCUUUGCCCAGGUGACGAGUAGCAUCAGAUUCAAAAAGACUCGAAUUUUAUCAAAAAUCUUCAUCUUCUUAAACACAUGAGUAGCUCAGACUUUUUAAACAUGCAAUGUGAUAUGCAUUAGGAUAAACUUGUAGAGAAAUAUUGCAGGUAUACUUAAAAACUGAUGUGUAAUGAAUGUAUAUUAAGCUGCAAUCACUCACUGUAAUCUGAAGGCCAUCUAAAAGUGACUAGAAAAGGAAUAGAGAAUUAUGCUUAAUCUGUAAUUCCAAAGCUUUAAGAUUUAUUAGAGAGAAUUUAGAGUCUAAUAAUGAACUUUAUAAACUUCAAGAAUAAAGAUAAGCUAUUCCUUGGAAGUGACAUCGUGAAAAUGGCUAAUUAAGUUAAAGAGAUCUUUACGAUUGGAGCUAUAAAAUAGAUUUAGUAGCCAUAGUAGGAGAGAAUUUAAUAAAAAGAAGAAAGUAAAAGCAUAGAUGAAUCUGAUGAUUCUACUACGAGUAAACCAUCUCAUUUCUAUGAGGAAUGUCUUGAUAUUGAAACAUAUCUUGAGAAAUCUUCUGAUAAUGAGCAUUAAGUUGUUCAGAUCAAUACAACUAUCUAAUCUAAAAACUAAUAAGAAUAAGAAGAGGAGUCCAAAACUCAAGAGAUAAAGCAAGAAUAAAUUCCUAAAUAAAAAUUAGCCUUAAAUUAACUGGAAGCCGAUCCUUAUUAUGCUAACUACAGAAAACUGGUCGACUUCUAGAUUACUACAUAAGAAGUAUUUUUAGUCAGGGAUAAGAUUUUAGACCAGAAAUUCCUAAGAUUUCAAAUGAUUUACAAAGGUACCAGGGAUGGCUUCUCUUCUAAAGUAUUUCAUCAGUUUUGCAACACCUAAGGACCAACUAUAAGUUUUAUAUUAAAUGAAUUCGGCUAUGUUUUCGGAGGGUAUGCCUCAGUCCACUGGAAUUCUAAUAAUUAAUAUGUUUCGGAUGACAAAGCUUUUCUAUUUUCAUUGACUCGCAAGUCUAAGCAUUUAGUUAAUGCUUAGGUUGCUCAUGCGACUUUUCACAAAGAUACACAUGGAUGGACCUAGGGUGGUAGUCAUGAUCUCCAUAUUUCAAGCGAUUGCAAUAUUAAUUCAGACAGUUAUAGUAAUUUAGGCCAUACAUUUCAAGUGCCAGAUGGAUAUGUUUAUGGCUAGGAAAAUACUAGAUAAUAUCUAGUUGGAGGCUUGAAAUUUAAAGUAAUUGAAAUUGAAGUUUAUAGAGUGCUAUAUGUUUGA